AUGCAAGGGCUGCCGCACCGCGCCGAUUCAUCCUCAGAACAGCCCAGUCUGAUCUCGACUCCAUCGGCAGAAGAGUCGGGUCGUAGUGCUCCUCAGGCCCAAUGGAAGGGCAAUGCAGUCCCAACAGGGUCUUCUCGGCCAGGCUCUGUUUUUGCAUUACAAGGUGUACCUGUCGUCCCCGCAAGAGCGUCAUCGGAUGUUAGCCUCGACAGCCGGACCCCUUUGGUCAGCACGUUUCUAUAUCCAAACACGUUAACGGCCGAUCCAACCUGUUGGCAGCGAGUGACGAGUUCAACCACCAGCGACGCGCCCGCUCAUGACUCUGAGUUGGCCGACGGGUACUAUGGCGGCUCAUCAGCAUUUGCAUUCGUGUCUAAAGUACCACGAGAGACGCAAAAUCUUGAAGGCGUCCACUUGCACCAUGGUCAAGCGGUGGGCUCGGCAUCGACCAGUCCUCAAGGACUCCAUGAUAAGACUCGCAACCAAGGUCCUGCCAAUGGCGCGUGGGCAAAGCAGUUGCCAGAACGCAUACUGGCCGACAACCUGGUCGAUGCGUAUUUCGACCGAGUACACCCGCUCUACCCAUUCCUGCAUGAAGGGAGUUUCAGAGCCGAAUAUGAGAACAUGUGGGGCAAUGGCGACCAAGCGCAGUGUCGGCGUUCGUGGUUUGGCCUCGCUAAUGCGGUAUUUGCUCUAGGCUGUGAAUUUUGUGAGGAUGUUGUGGCGAACAGCUUGGAUGUAACCGUCACCUGUUUCCUGGAUCGUUCCCGCAGCGUGGUCUUACCUCAAAUCUCAAAACGGGGUAGUUUGGAGCAUGUCCAGGCUCUCUUGUUGCUGUGCCACUACCUGCAGGGCGCACUUGAGCUCAAUGAGUGUUGGACGCUGGCCGGAUGGAUGAUUCGGACGGCGUACAGCAUUGGUCUUCAUCUGGAUGCCGACUCGCUCAGCAUCUCGAGCGUUGAGAAAGAGGUUAGGAAAAGAGCCUGGUGGGGCUGCUUUGCGCUGGACCAAACGUUGAGUAUGAAGUUUGGUAGACCGGCGUCCAUGCGUCUAGAGGAUGCACAAAGUGUCCCUCACCCACUGGCCGUGGACGAUCAAUACAUCCAUCACGAAGCGAGGCUACCUCGACAGCCGAUCGGCCGUCCUUCGAUCAUCGAGUUCUUCAACCACACCAUCCAACUGACAUGUCUCAUCGACGACAUCCUACGCAAUCUCUACUCCACCACCAAGAGGGUCGCACGUCGAGGUCAUGUAGACUCGAUGGUCCCUGAACAACAACUUGCCGAGUUGAUUGUCCUGGACGAGCGGCUGAGAUCAUGGUGGCAUCGCAAACCAUCACAUCUUGCUCUCAAUUCGCCAAAAUGGGACAGCCCAGUGUACCGACGACAGCAGACCGUCACGCGGAUUCGGUACCUACAAAUCAUGAUUCUUCUGCAGAGACCACUGCUGUUGAUGUUCAGUCGUGAGUCUGUUGAAGAUGAGCUCAUUCACACCAUUGCUCUUGCGGGAUCGCAGACUUGCUUGGCUGCGGCCCUGGAGAGCAUGCGCUUGAUCUCAGAACAAUAUCAUCAACAGCGUUUGAAUUCCAUCUCCUACAAUCUUCAUUAUGUUUUCACUUCGCUGGGUGUUUUGUUGCAUAUGCAGAACAUGGACCGAUCUAAGCUGACGCUGGUAGACCCAGAGCAACUGAUGGCGAGCUCGGACGCCCUGGAUCACGGCAUGGAAUUUCCUGAGGAAUGCUAG